AUGCUUUUCCUGGCGGUCGGCGGGUGGCUCUUCAUUGUCAGCUUUUGGUUUGUCGUAUACUCAGGAAAUUCUACAAGACGAACGUUUACGGAACUUUCUGGGGCGAAGAAUCCGGAAAUCCUGACUUUCCGAGAGGAGCGGAAAAAACCCAAGGUGUCCGAGGUCCGGCGGGUCGUGUACGUUCGUAUCCCGAAGACUGGCAGUAGCACGAUCACACUAUUAGUAUGGCGGUUUGCCUGGAUCCGAAACCUAACUGUGCUAGCCGUGAAACCUCAAUUUGAAGGUACGCGAGAACGGUUGAACCGCGAGAUGUUCUUUUUACCUCCCCAUGGACAGAAGUAUGACGUCAUGGCCGAGCAUGUGCUCUAUGAUAAGUUGUCAUACGCUGAGUAUUUCGCUGAGGAUGCUAUCUACUUUACAUUACUGCGUGAGCCUUUCAGUAUGCUAUACUCAACUCUGUACUAUGUACCUCAGUUUAAAAAAACUAUCACCGCGGAAAACAAAGUGGAAACUUAUUUGAAAAAUCCCGCCAAGUACGACAACAUUGGUAUAAUGGCAAAUCGAUCAUAUACAAAGAAUCCCCAGGCAUCUUACUUGGGGUUAAAAAGAUGGGAUUUCGACAGCAUGAUGAAAAUAGACGAGUUUAUAUCCUCUGUGGAUCGUGAUUUUCCGCUGGUGAUGAUUCUAGAGAGACUGGACGAAUCACUAGUAUUCCUGCGCCGGAUUUUGAAAUGGCCAAUGAAAGACAUAAUUUACUCCAUAAACAAUGUUAAUCGCCAUAAGCCACAGUUGAGAUUUAAUCCCCGCCAGAAAUAUAUAUAUAGGAAUUGGAGCUUUGCGGAUCACAAGUUGUACGAUUAUUUUCUAGCGAAGCUGGAAAAAGCUAUUCAAAAUGGCGGUGCGGAAUUUCAAGACGAACUGGAUGUUUACAGAAAAUGCAAAGGGGACGUGACUACGUAUUGUCGGUUUCGAACAAUAACUGAUGAAACUUUGUGGAUUCCUCAGAGCCGGUAUAACGAAGCUUUCUCAGUCACCAGGAAAGAUUGCUCUUUGAUCUUUGUAGAACCAUUGGUUUUAAUAAGCAGCAUACGGAAACGACAAAACUCAUUUCCUUACUUAAGUCCGUCUCUUUGA